AUGAUGAACAUAAUUCGGAUUAUUCGUGACCGAUGGACACACACACUUGUGCCUGUGGGAUUUGUGCUUGGAUGUUAUUUAGCCAGAAAGAAUGAUGAAAAGCUAACUGCCUUCUGGAACAAGAAUAUGUCUAAAAGGGAACUGAGACAAAAGGAAGAAGCCACCUGGACUUAA